AGCAACAAGCAUCAACGAGACGAAGUCCGCCAUUUUGAUUAAAAUUACGGGAAACUCACGAUUGCGUUUAAAAUAUCCAUGAAGUCGAUGCCCUUGUAACAUUCAAUAGCUGCCUAAAGAAAACUAGAAACCUCGUGGGGAACUUUCUUCUCUUUUUUCGAUGGCUGUGUGGAUUUAACGCGAAUAUAACAUCGUAGUCUCUUGCCAUCAUGUCCAACAAAAGUCGACAAGAUAAGACGAAAACUCCUGCUCAAACAUCGGCGCCACCGCCUACCAGCAAUGACAUUAUACCUGGGAGAUUUACAGAAGCUGACUGGCAUCACAUGGUGGACCAGGAAGACGGCGAAGAGUUUAUACUGGAUAUUGUCAAUGAAAUAGUGGAGUCUACCAUGAAAGUCCUCCAUGAGCAGUACAUUAUCAGUCAAACACUGCCGUACACUAUACAAGAGACCAAAAAUCUGCUUCUACAGAUUAUUGAGUGGCAGUUUUUAGCCUGUGAUGCAGGCGAGGACAACCCUGCAUGUGAUUCAACAUGGUUGGAAGAAGAUGAACCUGUCACACCCAUCACUGACUCUUGGGCUCAGGGAUCAGUUCCCAUCUUGUUGCGACCAUCGUCAGCAUCAUCAACAUCUUCUGUCCAAUCAGAUCAAGAGUCUGAGCUGUCAUCCAUUGCUGAAGAAAGGCCAGCGGCCCCUGAACCACCAUUUGAGGCCCUUGAAGUGUCCACCACUCCUAUGUCAAUUAGCAGUCCUGCUCAACCUCCACCUACUGCUGCCGAGGAGAAUAACAGGGACAAACCUAAGGAGACUUCAAUUGCACAGGUUAAAGGUAAAAAACGAACUGGUGUCCCAUUUAAACCACACAAAGGCAAACUACCAUCAUUCUCUGGAGUGGAUCUAACGCCUCUGACAGAUGACUAUGUGUUAAACAAAGCUGACAGGCAACAAGAGGAGAGUUCAAGGGAAUACACAGACACUAAUGGCCUGGCCAUGUUGUCAUCCUCUACAUCAAUUGUUAAGCUUCCUUCUGAGAGCAGUAGGUGGGAGCAAUACUCCUGGGCAUCAACAACUAACUUGACUUCUCAAUCUUGGAGUGUUAGUCACUUCUCUAAAUCACAGGCCCAGUAUGGCCGACCACCAGGCAUAAAGGACGUGCUGUAUGAUGAGCGCGGAAAUGUAGUAGCUGUCAUGAAGAUUUCUCCUGAUAAACUUCCAUCACACAGAGUUCGAACAAAGUUUUCUGUUGUCGAUGAUGAUGGCGAAGGACAGUUGAUGCGCACCCGUUCGAGACCCAGAAAACUGGGAGCUAGCUCAAAAAAAGCAGAAUCUGGGAAGGAGUGGAAAGCCUCCAAAAGUACAAGUCACAGGCAGAGUAUUGAUACCAGCCUCUUACAUAACAACGCAUAUCAGAUUGAAAAUACUGGUCACAUAACACCCUUACCACCUCCCUUGGUUGAUACUAUGGACAUAUCUGCUGGUGUGCUUGUGCGAGAAGGAAAUAUAAUCAGGCGUGGACCAAGACAGAUCCCUCGUCGUGCAGAGAAGACACCCUCCACAGCGUGUCUACAGCCGCUCGAUAACACCCGUCCCGCGGGACGGGUCAUUAGCGAUCUCCUAACCCGUUCGUCGCCCGUUAUCAGACCGCUUCGAGCUACUGAACCCAUUCCCCCGAUAGCUCCUCAGCCACCCACAUACUCGUAACACUCAGGGACUUUGUUCGCCACUCGUUUUCGUCAUAGUCAAUGUAAAUAUUUGCGGCUUAUCGAGGAUGACAUUUUAAAGUCUUGUCAAUUAUGUUUUAUUGUACUCGUUUGUGACGCUGUCUAGACUAGCCGAACAGUGUUUGGUAGUGUGACUGUCAGUGUUUUGCAGAAGAGACAGCACAACGUGAAAGUAGUUUGUAAAUAUCAUACAUUAUGUGCUUGUAAAUACACUAUAAAGAUCAAAUGUACUAUACGAUGUGUGUGGUUCAGAGUUUUUUGACUGUUCCGUUAAAUAAAGCCUUGCGAGAUUUUGGGUUGAUUUUCAAUUGUUUCACUUACUCGUUCGCUGGAAGGUAUGCCUUGAAAAUAAUUUGUGAAAAUUAUUUAAACAACAGACAGAAGAAGCUUUAUUUUUUGUUUUUGUUUUUUUAUAUUUUCCGUUUGAAGGUUAAAGCUCUGUGCGCGAUAAUGUCAGAAAAGUCGCCCCCUGGACAAUUAACCCCAGACAACUCGCCCCCGAUCUUCAGACAACUGGCCCCCGAUAUGAAAACACCUAUGUUACGUUGCCUGUUUUGCAGCCAAUCAGCUCGCGCCCACGAUCACCCACCGAGUUCGCCUCGCUGAACGGUAUCCAUUCGUUUCGCUUAACGAGUUGUUUCGCCAACGUCUCGUUCGCCAACGUCUUCGGUCGAUUCGCUAACGUACUAAGUCGUUUCGCCAACGUCCUACUGGUCAAUUCGCCAACAUCUAAAUAAAAGUUUACCUUCGUUUCCUGUGCUUGUAAAUAUUUGAUGCUAUAUAUUGUAAUAAAAUUGCUGUUGUUAUUUACUUGACGUUCCAUUUUAUUUCUAACUCGAUUAUAAGGCUGGA